CUCACCCGCGGCCUGGCCCCCACAGGGGCAGGCAGCAAUGCAGGCCAGUUCCUGCGGCCGAGGAGGACUCGGUCAGGGACACUGGGUGUGGGAGACACAGGGGGAGGUGGUCCCACUAAGCCCGUCCCCAUGGGAGUCAGAAGAAGUGCGCCAGCAUUGAGAUGGAAGGAAGCGUGUCAGGAGGAAGCGGUCAGAUCAGCCUCAGGGAACCUGCUGCCCAUCCAUGUUGGUGGCCAGGACGUGGGGGGCACUCAUGCCUACUCAGCAUCUCUCACCGCUGGGCUGUGGGAGCCAGCAGGUGGGUGGAGGCCCAGAUGGAGAAGGGAGCUGUCCUAGGGUCACACAGUCUGUAGCUGGGCCCAGGCCGUGGGUUAGCCUUUUGUGGCCCAGUUCUUCCACCUGGCCUUGCCUGAGCCCCAGGAUGGGGGCAUUCACGGUGCUGGGGAGAAGUUGGGCAGGCCAGGCCAGUCCGGGAUGUUGGCCACUCUUUCCUGACAGGCCAGCUUGAUCUUAACCCCUGCCCUACCUGGGACCCUGGUAGCAGAGGUGCCUUUCUUUUCUGUGUCUACCCGCCCCCCCCCCCCCCCCGCAACCCCUCCCUGCCCCAGAGGUACACAGACACAACAGCGUCAGGCCUGGGAGCACCUAGUAGCACAGGGUGGCAAAUGAAUGAGGGGCAGUGAUGGAUAAGGAUGUGUCCAACCUGCUAUGGCCCGUCCAGGGAGGGCAGGGGACAGGAGGGGAGGCCGGAGCCAGCAGAGGCCCAGGGGACCCUGGGAGAAGGUGGGGGCAGGCCUGCUCCCUCCCUCCCUCCUUCCCCGCCCCCACCCCUGGGCUGGCCGGGCUCCCAUCAGCCGCUGCUGCAUCAUCAAUAUUUCAUCGGCGUCAAUAAGAGGCAGCCACAGGGACAGCGGCUGCAGCAGCACUCGAGCCAGCGCCAGUCACGGUUCGUCUGGGGAGUCAGACUCCCAUCCCUGCCCGCCGCCAUGGACGUCUUCAAGAAGGGCUUCUCUAUUGCCAAGGAGGGUGUGGUGGGUGCCGUGGAAAAGACAAAGCAGGGGGUGACGGAGGCGGCUGAGAAGACCAAGGAGGGUGUCAUGUAUGUGGGAGUCAAGACCAAAGAGGGUGUUGUGCAGAGUGUGACUUCAGUGGCUGAGAAGACCAAGGAGCAGGCCAACGCCGUGAGUGAAGCCGUGGUCUCCAGUGUCAACACCGUGGCCACCAAGACGGUGGAGGAGGCGGAGAACAUUGCAAUCACCUCUGGAGUGGUGCGCAAGGAAGCCCUGAAGAAACCUGUCCCCUCACAGGAGGAUGAGGCAGCCAAAGAGGAAGAGCAAGUGGCUGAGGAGACCAAGAGUGGGGGAGAUUAGAAGGCUGCCCUGAUCUGCAGAGGCCUUGAGGAGCAUGCCAUCCCCUCUUGGCACAAGGAGUGUCUGGUCCUGGAGUAUGACCUACAGAGCUGCCAGCUCCCCACACCCUCCUCCAGCUCCCCACACCCUCCUCCAGCUCCCCACAGGCCCAUCCUCCCUGCUACCACCACCACUGCCUUCACCUCCCUACCUUAUCCCUGCCCACCACCCUCUGAUCUUUCUGACCCCACAGAUGCUGCUGUGAAUUUUUUUUUUUUUAUGAUUUUAAUGAUUCCAAAUAAAACUCAAAUCCCCACUGCA